CGUUUUACGUGUAUCCACAGCUGUCAGUUCGAGUUGUUUUCCAAUUUCACUAUCCCAAUAAUGAGAAGUAAAAGUGAAUUUUGCUGUAUGAAAUUACUGGUUGAAACAUAAAUUUAUUUUUAUUUAGGGUGAUAGACAUUUAACAAAUUACAAAAUGGUUUUAAUGACAAUGAUUGCGAGGGUUGUGGAUGGGCUCCCCUUAGCAGCCACUAUGCAAGAAGAUGAGCAGAGCGGCUGCAAUGUUCUGGAGUAUCAGAAUCAAGCAAAAAUGCUGUUUAGGAAACUAGGGCCACAGUCACCCCUGCGCUGCUCCAUUGAGACUGGCCCAUACCUCUUCCAUUAUUUAAUUGAGAACGAGAUCUGUUAUUUGGUCCUCUGUGAACGUAACUAUAGUAAGAGACUAGCAUUCAGCUAUUUAGAAGAAAUUGCACAAGAAUUCUACCAACAAUACGGUAAAAGGGUGAAUACAGUGACGCGGCCUUAUACGUUCAUCGAGUUCGACACGUGGAUGCAGCGCGCGCGGCGGCAGUAUGCGGAGGGUGGUGCGCGGGCGCGGCGCGCGGGCGGCGCGGCGGCCUCGCUGGCGCCGCAACUCGGCGACGUGCAGCGCAUCAUGAUGCAAAACAUCGACGACGUGCUGCAGCGCGGCGCCGUACUCUCCGAAUUGGAUACAAAGACGCAAAACCUAUCAAUGAUGACACAAAAAUACAAGAAAGACGCAACAUACCUAAACACAAAAUCUAUGUUGGUAAAGGUAACAGCGGGCGCAGUUAUACUACUUGUGUUUGUAUUGUACUUCUGGGUUCUCUAAGGGUUUAAUUUGGCUGUAUAAUUUGUGAUCUUAGUAUAGUAAAAAUGAGUUGAAAUAAAUAUUUGUCUAUGUUUAUAUUGUUAUCGAAUUUUUGUUUUUGACUCGUAGCUUUGUGGCUUAAUAAAUGUAUUAUAAUGUAAAACUUGCCUUAUUUAUCUAUGAUAUUAUUAAUAGUAGGUAAUAUAAAUUGUAUGAAAAAAACUUAGAAUAUGUAAUUGUAACAUAGAGAUUUUCUGUUUAAUAAUUGCUCUAUAUUAUUAAAAAAAAAAUUGCUUCAACUCAUUUUUACAAAACUAAAUAAUAUAAGCAUUAGAUACAACAAAAAGUAAUAUGUUCAGAAAAUUAUCUAUUGUUAAACAUUGAAUUAUAAAUAAUCCAUAGACAAAAUUUUCGCCAUUGAUAAACAAUUAUUAACGAGAGUUCUCUUUUAAUUUUCUAUGUAUUCGCACUAAUGUACAUUUUCUUAGAAGAAAGGGAUGAUCUAGAAAGAAAAAGAAAUUGUUGCGAAAUCGCUUUGUCAUAGAUAAUGAAAUAACCACGAUCAAGAAUCAGUGUAACUGGCAAGUGAGUAACAGUUUUUUUUUAACCUUGGGAAAGUUGUGAACAUAUUACUGUCCUUUUAUAUUCCAUUUUAAUAAAAAUAAAAUAAAAAUACUAAUUGGUCCAAUAAUUUAUGCAUGCUGGUCAAUUACAAAAAUUUUUUUUACUGUUUUACUACAUGCAUUCAGUACAUAUUAAAUCAAUGGCGUGAACCUCGAAGGUCUGGCCAUAUACAGACAUCACAUAGUACUGAUAUGUCCUUGUAUGUUUAUUUUAAAUACAAACUGAUAUGCUCCUGAAGUAGUGUUUACAUGACCAAUAUUAGCUUUAGGCAAUUUUUUUUUUUUUGUGUAGGUAAAUACGUUUGGAAAAAAGCAUUCCAUUGCAAUAUAUUUGCAAUAAGAUUACCUUUUUUUUUAUUUUAAUUGUAUUGUUUUCAACCAAUAAAUGAUUCAAUAUUUAAUUUUAUUAAUGAAAUGGCUUCAAUUGUAAUCUCUGCAGAUAAUAAAUCAUAUAUAUAUAUAUUUUUUUUUAUAAAUAGCUAUGUUCGGUGAAGGAAUGUUGUAAAUUUUCACUUAUUGUUAAUAAAUAUAUUUAUUUAAGAAUGAAUAAAAAUGUGCAUUAUUUGUACUUUUU